AUGCGCCACAACUAAAGGAGCAGAUUUGGACAGCCUGGACGAAUUUCUUUGUAUUCUCAACUACUUUAUUUGACUUCAAUUUGAUUAUUUGAUGACUGUGAUGACAAUGCGUCGUUCCUACGUGGUGCUUGUGACUUUUAUAAAACUGUCUCCGUUCCGUCAUACAGUAUUUGUUUUCAUGUUGGUUGUUGUUUAUCCGUUUGUGUUUGGCUGAGUUUGAGCCCCGGCGCCCUCCCUAUAGGACAGAUGUUCACCGCCGCUGCUGUAUCAAUACGACCCUGCCUCUGACUCACCAUCACAUGCUGUCCGGUGCCACUCGUCUCCUGUUCCACUAUUUUGUUUUUGUCUGACGCGCUGCUGGUGAUGGGAACUUUGGGACUCUGCGCAUGAAGAAUCCUCGUUUUUUAUUUUUUUCCAAAGUACUCUGCAGCUGCGGGCUCCCAGAAACAGAGAAUGCAGGAGUUAAACUGUCUUUUAAGUUGUUCUGUUUUUUUUUAGAUAAUAGAUUUUGUGCUGUGGUUUUUUCCUGCUGUUUUGAUUGGACUGCAUCUCCCCCAUGAAUUUCGGCUGGCGAUGUGUAACUUGCAAAUAUUAAGCAUGUAAUUUGUUUUGUAACUUACACGCCUACUCUUCUUAUGAACAAGUGGCACCAAACAUUUAGGGACCACUUCAGCAUGUGUGUUGCAGAUGAAGUGGAUAAUUUGGAUCGACCCUAAAAUUGCUUCGUGUUCAUAUCAGAGUCUGGAGAGGACUAUCUGUUCCCCGGAGAAACCCAGACGUUUUUUUUUUCUCAGAUCAGAAUUGUGACUUAGACUCUUUUCACCUUCAUUGUGAACAGGGGUUCAGAUUGGUUGCCAAAGCGCGCAAGGAUCUUGGUUUUACGCACGACUGCCAACCUUUAACAUUACCUCCGCAACUCAAACAGUGAUAAUGGGAGGAGAGGGCAGCUCCAAGGGGCUUGAGGAGUCCCUGACUCGGGGUGCCUUUAACAGUCAGGGCCAGGCGCGGCCCCGUGAAUAACCGCGCGGCGACAGCAUGCCCUCUUGGCCCAAUCUCUCGGAGUGCCUCUCCCAUAACUGCAGCUGGGAGGAGACCCACAACUUCACAAGGAACAGUGACCUUGAUCUCCCUCCUCUAAAUUACUACUCAAUCCCUCUCCUCACGGGCAUCACCAUCGCCUGUACACUGCUGUUUCUGGUCGGGGUGGUCGGGAACGUCAUGACCAUUUUGGUGGUCAGCAAGUACCGGGACAUGCGCACCACCACCAACCUAUACCUGUGCAGCAUGGCAGUAUCUGACCUGCUCAUCUUCCUCUGUAUGCCCCUGGACCUCUACCGCAUGUGGAGGUACAGGCCCUGGCGCUUUGGGGACGCACUCUGCAAGCUCUUUCAGUUCGUCUCCGAGUCAUGCACCUACUCUACCAUCCUGAGCAUCACCGCGCUUUCAGUGGAGCGCUACCUGGCAAUCUGCUUCCCGCUGCGCGCCAAGGCCCUCGUUACCAAAAGGCGGGUGCGCGCCCUCAUUCUUCUACUCUGGACAGUGUCCCUGUUGAGCGCCGGACCUGUGUUUGUCAUGGUAGGAGUGGAGCGGGACAGCAUGGGACCGCCAGAUUACAUUUCUGAAAUGAAUGAGACUGGCUUCUUUCUGGAGGCCGGGGACACCAGGGAGUGUAAGAUGACGCAUUACGCCGUGGAGUCAGGUCUGAUGGGGGCCAUGGUGUGGCUGAGCUCUGUUUUUUUCUUCAUGCCGGUGUUCUGUCUCACAGUGCUCUACAGUCUCAUAGGCCGCCGUCUGUGGCAGAGACAUAGGGAGACAAACAUCAGCUCCCGAGUGGCUCACCGGGACAAGAGCAACAGACAGACCAUAAAGAUGUUGGUGGUGGUGGUGUUGGCCUUCGUCCUGUGCUGGUUGCCGUUCCACGUUGGUCGCUACCUGCAGUUCCGUUCUCUGGACGCUCCGUCUCCUCUGCUGUCCUUGUUAUCAGAGUACUGCAGCUUGGUGUCCGUAGUUCUUUUCUACCUGAGUGCCGCCAUCAAUCCCAUCCUCUAUAACACCAUGUCCUGGAAAUACCGCGGCGCAGCAGCGCGCCUCUUCGGCCUGACAGACAACCAGCUGCCGAGGGGCCGCACAGCAAGCACCGUGAAGGGAGACGGCUCCAACGGCUGGACGGAAUCCACUGUCAGCUUCUAAACUUAUGACUGUAAAAGUGUCUGGAUAUAACUAUUAAAGUAUUAGUCACAAGUUGAAAACGCUGACCUAAACGCCAUUAUUUCAGUCAGGCUGAUAAAAACAUUUGCUUUGUACAUGUGAGCGCAGCAUUUGCCUUUACUAGACUUGGACUAAAAGGACCAGAAGAAGCUGCAAACUCCUAUCAAAGAGACCCUUUUGAUUUUUUUUGAUUUUUUUUUUUUGCACAAAUACAUUUCUUGUUGGAUCACAUCAGCAAAUUUCACCCACUAUUCAUACAACACACUCCGCAUUGAAAAGCACAUCUGGUGGAGUGCAAAAUAUACACUAGCCUGAAGUGCUUUCAUCGAUCCAAAUGUGAACAACAUACAGCACGGGUGCACGCCCCUAUGCACGCACACAUAGGCUAAAUAUUACUAUUACUAACAUCUGCAAUUGCCUUAUAUUGUACUCAUAUUCUGGAUGACAAAGAAAGCACUGUAGAACUUGUGGCACUGAGCUGUACUCCUUUAGAGAGGGGCAGAGGUGCAGUGUGUAUGUGUGUGUGUGUG